CCAGAUGGCACCCUGUGGGUGCUUUUUCGAUCCCCGGAUAUAUCGCAUAGAAUGGGCAACGACCAAUUUCGUGCAACCGUCCAUUUAUAAGCUCACGGGUGGAUCAAGUUCACCAAACGCUUACCUUCUGGACACCCACAGAUACCUCAAGAGUCCUGUCCAGACAGUCCCCUACCCACCCUUCCACCCGAUCCCAAGCAACCCCCAGUACAUCAUGCCUUAUUUCAAUCAGGAGGGCCCUGCUAAUGGGACAGAACAAGUUAAUUUGGUUCCUCACCCACUCCAUGACUCUCCAUUUCUUGAGAUGCCUCAGCCCCAGGAAGAAGGUCAGAACAAUGACAGCAAACUGCCCCAGCUCCUUCUAUCGCUGCCUGGACUCAGCCAGAAUGAGCAGGGCCUCCAGAUAAGCCCCUACAGCCACCUUAAGGGUACGCCAAGUCCCCACAACCCGAAGUGUGAAGGGUUUGAUGGUUUGCAGGUGGAGGGGGAAGAACUCAAAGAAAAUCACAUGAGCCAGAACCUCCUAUUGAAUACACAGAUCCCAGACACUUGCAUCGAAGAUCAAAACCCUCUUUCCAGUCCCAGUGUUGCAAACGCGCAGGUGAUGGUGAAGGCAGUGUCCUGUCCUCUGCAGGACAGCCUCGGAGCUGAAGCCAGCACAGUGCUGGACACAGAGGAGCCCUUCGAUCUGCCUGAGAAGGUUUUGCUGGAAGAUGCGAUGAAGCUGUUUGAUUGCUCUCCAGCUAACUCGGACUCGGAGGUUUCCAGAGACAACCUGAGCCGCACCCUAGCGUCCAGCGAGAGCGAAAGCAAAGAUUGCAGCUUCCCGUGUGACGACUCGUCCAGCGACAUACGGUCACUCAACCUGCCUGAUGAGCUGCUGUCUUUUGACUAUAGCGUGCCCGAGAUCCUAAACACAGUGACAAGCGUGGAUUAUUUCUAUGACCUCAAAACUUUCAAUGAGGACCCCAAGUGGGAUUUGGAGCUGGUGCUGCAGCCUCCCCAAACCAGUGGGUCGCUCCAGGGCCCCAGGCAAGAGCCUCAAGGAAAAAGGAAGCACAGCAAUGCAUCCACUAAGAAAGGAAAGCAGAAAGACAGCAAGAAUAAACCUGCCUCUACACAGGGUAGCAGCACCCCAGACAGGCAGGAGUGCCCGGUGACAGGCACCUGACUAGCACUUUUGGAGCAGCUGUGCGGAAGCACAACUGGGCUGGAGCAGGGCUAGGUGGUUGCAGUUGGUGACUGGACCAUCCCACUGUUAUUCUAUUAAAAGCGAUCUAUCCGGAACCCCAAUCUGUGCCCGCAUUUACAAGAAGGUUCUAAGUGUGUCACACACACUGCGGUAGAGGGGAAGGAGAUGAAAAAGGGCCAGGUGUCUGCAAGGGUCAUUAAAACCCGCAGACCGAGUCCAACAUCAGGCAUUCAUCAUUCCCAGAUAUUACAGUUGGUCAAUGAGUUACAGGUCUCUUAGACAAUAUAUAUAUGUAUCUGUGCAUGACUAAUGCAGACUGUUUCCUUAACUGCCUUUCGGGGAUGCAUUCAGGGCUGGUUCCCAGAAGUGCAGAAAAUCCCUAGGGAAAUUAAUUGGCUUUCCUUCUUCAAAGAAAGCAGGUUUCAACAAAAACCGGCGUCAGUCAGUGCAAAGGGGGGAUUUAUUCCAGUCGCGGGUGCCUUAAGCGCCUGCAAAGUGGGUGUGUCAAGUACAGUGCAGGAUGGUGAGAUUAGACACCCCCAUUGGACAACCCCCUUGGACCAUCCAAGGUGCUGGGCUGUGGAAAAGGAGGCCCUCAGUGAAAGCACUGAAGCCGGCAGUCCUGCCCAGCCCGGAAUGCAUGGCAGUGGAUUGCCAGCUGGGGGUUCUAACCCACGCUGGUCAUGGGAGUGUGGAUCCAGCAAGCGGAUCGUGGGGAGAUGGCAAUGGAGCACCAGGCACAGUAGUAUGGUCUCAGAGGGCAUGAUGACUAGACUCGCUGUAACUAUUACAGAGCUCCCUUCGAAUGAAGUUUAGAGGAGCUGGGUAGAGACGAUGUAACCCCCACUUCCAUCCCACUCUGCUCAGAGUGUAAAUUAGUUCUCAGCAGCUCCUCUAUGCCCACCCCUAGGAUCUCCUCCUCUGUGACUCCCCUUCACCCACGUGCCCCACAAUUGGGAUGCAACUGGUCACAUCAUGGGCCCUGGGCACACAACGAGGCCCCAGAUCCUUGGUGCUGGGCCGGGCGGCAGCGUCUGGUGUGUGCAGUGGGGAGAGGAUAUCCCUUCUUCCCCUCUCGACGCAGGACAGAGGUAGUUGAGAAGAUGGGGGCCAAGGGAAAAGGAGGAAGAGGAAGUAGCUGCGGCCGCUACUGCUUGGAGGCUGGGGGAGAGUCUGCAGGUGGCAGCAGGUGCCUCUGCCGGAGUUUGCCUCCUGCUUCUUACUAGCUGGUUCUGGGGUGCAACCGAUCAUGCAUUUAAGGUGUGAACGCUGUGCUGGCCUGGUGCAUAGAUCACCCCACUGCAGAGCCUGGCCGGGGUGACUCAGCUUCUCUCUGCUGCAAUGUUGGAGCCAGUGAGGAUCAUUGUCCUUGGUGACUUCGCAGUCCAUGCAAACAAUGACUCGUGGGGGUUAGUUCAGUAUCUCAGGGCUGCCACCACAACCUGGGGGCAGAGCCAGCUGUUUUCUGGCUCUGCACUUAGAGCAGGCCACAAGCUGGCAGUCACAGAGCAGGUGGAGGUUACAUCCUGGCCAUGGGCAGACUGUUCCUUCACUUGGUGAGAGCCUGUUUCCUGGGCCAUCCUCUGAGAUUAAAGGAACCAGUCCACUUCCAGGGGGUUCACGGGCACCUUCCUCCGAAGCAUCUGGAACUAGCCCCUGCUGGAGACAGGAUAGUGGACUAGAUGGACCACAGGUCUGACGUUCCCUCCUUCCUAGAGUACUGCUUCACGCAGACACCUUGUUACAUCGCCAUUCAGAAGCCAGUGCAGACUCCCGACUGGUUUCUAGGUGGGAUUGAUAGUGCCAGGUUUGAUCCAUAAAGCCCUGAACAGUUUGGGACCUUGCUACUCCUUACAUCUCCAUGCUACGCCAUCACAGUUGCAAUUUGCAGGGGCCCAGAAGCCAACAGGCCCCCAGCUUAAGCCGGUGGCAGGGGACAUCUUCCAUCUAGGGAGCCUAGAUGUAGGUACUCACUCCUCCUCCUUUGUUCCAAAACAGCCCAGAAUGGAUGAGCUCCAGACUCAUCUUGUGCCCCAGCUUUUCCCCAGAGGGGCAAGUUAAGGGAUAAGGGUUGGUUGGCUGGAGGAGCCAAUUAAGUUGGGGCAGUUCAGUGAACUGGGUGAUUUAUAUUUCAAAAGAUGGGGUCAGUGGGCAAGUGUUUAUGUGAA